AUGGUUUGGAACGCACUCUCAUGUGCUACAGAGAAUUCCACCAUUUUUAAACAAGGCAAAGCCCAUGGAAGGAUACCAAACACCACUUGUAUCCUUUUCUUCUGCAACACUUACAGUGGACUAGAAUGGUACUGCUACAUAGUGAUUAUGUUUUUCUCUUUAGUUCUGCUCCUAGGAUUUCUGGGGAAUACAUUCACGCUGCUCUACUAUAUAUGCACUUGGAGAUCUUGGACCAGUAGCUCUAUCUUCUUGUUCAAUUUGGCACUGUGUGAUUUCACUUGGAUUCUCUUGAUUCCCUUUGCCGUCUACUACCAUUUACAUAAGCGAGCCACAUACUCUACUCAAUUAUUCUGUCAAUUCAAAAGAACGUUCUUUGCCAUCAAUAUCUAUGGCAGCAUCUAUUUUCUCACGCUCAUCAGUUUUGACCGGUAUGUAGGUGCUGCCCAUCCCAUCCGCUCUUUUAAAAGGUGGGAUAAAAGCAAGGCUGCCUUUUGUGCCAUGGCUGUAUGGAUUGUCAUCCUGACAGAGUCCAUUCCUGAUGUUUAUUAUACCUUUGCUGUCCAAAGAGGAAUGGGGUCUGUAGCUUGCCUCGACAACAUUGGAGAGACUCUGUAUUUUGUCAUUCCAUUCACAAUUUUCAGACUUUUAUUUGGCUUCCUUAUACCACUCCUAAUCAUCUUUACAUGCUAUACCUUGACUCUCAAUGUGUUGCGGAAAAUGACGAAUCACCAGCAGAGAAGACAAAGAAUUGUGAAGCCCCUGGUGUUGGUUUCAGCAGCCAUGAUUGUUUUUGUUGUGGCAUUCAUUCCCUAUCAUGUGAUGAUAUUGGCAGUGCUGAUCUACAGAAUGAAGUACCAACUCAAUGCUGACAAUAUACACUUGAUAUUUAGCAUUUAUAAGUUCACAGAAAUCAUCUGCAGUGUUAGCAGUUCCCUGAACCCCUUCAUUUUUAUGUUAGCCAGUAAGAAAUUCCAAGAAAAAUUUAAAACCCUCCGGUGCUCACUUAAACAGAGGUGCCUUUGCUGUCAGUCACACCGAGUGCGGGAUAUUGCAACUGAACUGUGA